CCGCUCGGCGCUCUAGUCAUUCUAAAUCGACGCCUGGCUGACUGCAGACGCGCUCCUCGGAUCGAAUCGCCAUCGUAUCGGUUCAUUCGGUUUAGUCGGUUUGGUUUAAUCAAGUGUCGACCGCUCUAAUCAUUAAUUAAGUGUCUUAAGAAAAUAAUUCCAAUUUGGCUAUCGAAACGGGUUUCCAUCUACUGCAUGUGCCAGUGACUAUGUUUUUGCGGUCGGCUCAUUUGUGAAAAAGAAAAAUCGUUUGCAGUCAGUUAGAUUUUCACCUGAAUUGAAAUCAAGUGUAAUUAUCACACCGGCAACAUGGAAUCCACGACACCAGCAUUAAGCCUGUUGAUGCUGGGAAAUGCAACUUCUGCGACCAUUCCAAAGGCCCUCUAUGCAAAUCGGAAUCGUUUGAUCUUUGGGGCCAUUGUCAUGGUUUUGGGCGUUUUAGGCAAUUCCCUGGCCCUCUUUAUUUUGGCGCGCAAAAAGCACAACAAAAACAGCAAAUACACGCUCAUGUUGCGAUGCCUUGCCACUAACAAUCUAGUAGCUUUGCUGGGAAUGCUGACCACAACGCUGCUGAAAAUCUACCUUUCGCAGGAGGUCCUGCAGUCCUUCGUUCGACUGGACUGUGUGGGUCAUGUGGUGUGGAGGUUCUUUGGCCUGAGUUCCGGGUGCAUUGCAGCGGUCAUGGCAGCGGAGAGGUGGAUGGCCCUGGCAAGACCCUUCAUUUAUCACAAGCACAUCACCUACGAGCUGAUUCGCAAGAGCAUUAAUAGCAUACUGAUUGUGGCCGUGAUCAUCACGUUCCUGCCAUUUGUUGGGUUUGGCGCCUACAUCGAUGAAUCGGAUCCGGAUAAGCUAAAGUGCAUACGAUAUCGCGAUGCGGAGGGAGUGUGGAACAAGUCGUAUGCGGUGCUCUUUAUGGUCUUUGGUACCUUGUUAUGCAUCGUGAUAGUGGCGUGCAACCUGUUUGUGGCCCACACGUUGCUCUGUGUGAUUGGUAGGAGUCGAACGGCCAAGCGGCACAUGCACUACGACCUGGUCAGAGAUAAGGCCAGUACGAUAAGUAUCGAUCCGGAGAGUAGCAGUGGCACCACCCUCUACCAGACACAGCUCAGUUCCGGAAGCGGAGGUAGCCAUCGCAGUGCCCAGCCCGCGAGGCAGUUCCGGCACAGCGUCAGUGUCACAAUGGCGGCCACGGACUCCUCCCCGGUGGAGAUCAAGUUCGCCAAGUUGAUGGCCUUCCUUAGCAUCUCUUUUGUCAUCUGCUGGAUGCCACAGAUGAUCGCAAUCCCGUUGGCCAUUGCCCCAGACCGGGUGCCCGCCUCGAAUAAAUUCUUCAUCAUCGCCGACGUGCUCACGGCUCUGCACUUUACCUCAGAUCCGUACGUCUACGUGCUGAGUCGCUCCAAGUCGAUCAACUGGUCGUUGCUGGGCUGCAUCAAGCGCUGGAGGAGCGGAUGGCGCCCGGGCGGACUCCGUCGAUCCCAAAGCGAUCAGAGCCGCAUGCGCACCACGAUGACGGAGGCGAAUACUCUGGACUUCAACUGAUACCGCUGGAUCCUCAACAGGCACCCAAGUACUUAACCCCUGCUCUGCGGGGUCCCACUCAUCUAUCCGCUCUGCCUCCCUCCAGACAGUCGAACAGUAGCAUCCUAGUCUCGUAAGCUGUAUAUAAUAUACCCUAUUUGUAUCACACCAUAUCAAGGCGUUCCUUAUAUGCUCAACUCACAUAAUCUCAGAAUCGUUACGCGAUUGGUAGCAUCAAAUAUACCGCAUCUGUGUGAAAGUGAA